AAGUAUACACAUAUUGAACAUGCAUGCGAUAAAACAUUUUAACUCAGCAAAUACAUUACAAUAUUUGAAAUUGUUAACUAAGACGUUUAAUAGAUAUCAUUUUGGAAUUUCAUAAGGAUGUUACAGAGUGAUAUCUAAUUAGGUGCUCAAAGUGAGUUAAGUUAACAUACUUAACAUUAUAACGUCGCUAUGUAUACUUAUUUUUAAUACGCAUGUGAAAUAUCAUUUUAACGUAGCAAAUACAUUACAAUAGUCGAAAUCUGUGACAUUUCAAUAUUUCAUCAUUAAAACGUUUAAUAGAUAUUAUUUAGCGAUGUCUUAAUAAGGUUACAGUUUAACAUCUACCCCGCAGUGGCUGCACACUGCACUGCUAUCAGACAUCAGGUACGCUUCAAACGAAUGCAAGGUAUACUGUAGCUGGUAAUAUACUUAAAUACGUAGUAUACAUAUAUCCUACGAUUAUACGCUAUAGUAUUAUUAUUAACUAUUAAGAUGUCCAGUCCGUGAUCCCAGUUAUGUCACCAGAAAGUAUUACAGUGUAACACUAUAAUAAUUAUUAUAAGUUAUAAGAGGUCACAAAUCCAGCGUGAUACUGUGAUCCAGUGAACAGUCCAAAUAUUAUAGCUGUUGGCUGUAUGAGACUAUUUUAGGAUAGCUAAUAGCAAUAUUCUAUAUCUAUUAAUAGUUAUAUUGGUAAGUUCCUAUAAUGAACAUCACAUAGAAGAUGAAAUUGUGUCGAUUGUGACAUUCACUUGGAAGGGCGGGGGCGGGCUAUACUGCAAUAACAAAUAAUUAUUGGUAUUUCCAGUAAUUGCAUGAUAAUGCUCAUGAAAGACCCUCGCUCUUUUUACGCGCGUUCAUUUUUCUUUGUGAAUUUGAUAUAGCCACAUCACACGUUUUAAUCUUACGAGCGUCAUUGCUCCGAAGUCCGGUUAUAGACAUGAGAGUACCUACAAUACGCGAAUGUGCUUUCGAAAUUAAUUAACAUUGUUUAAAUCACAAGAGUUGAAGACUGCAAGACGCGAGUGUGCUUUCGAUUACCUGAUUAACAUAUUGUAAAAUCAUGGCUGAAAAACAGUGGGUAGUUGGCCUAUUUGAAGAAGAAAAUAAAUUUUCAGUGAUACCCAGUAAUUGGAUUGUACAACUAGGUAACACUACAUUUUGUCAGUGGCCUAAAAAGCGUAUUACAGAUACAAUGAUAAUAAAUUAUGAAAAUCCAACUAAAGAUUGGCAACCAUUCCCUGUAAAAAUAAUUGAACAAUAUUCUACUUAUGAGCAAGCUUCAAAAAGAGAAAAAGAAAUAUUUUUACAAUCUUCUGAAUCAGAUCAAAGUGUAGGAAGAGGGAAACGCAAAAGAAAAAUGAAAUUUAAAAGAAAUGAUGCCCAUAGUGAUGAUAGUGACACUGAUAGUAGUGCAGCACUAACUCCAAUAAAAGUUAUGAAGGACCUAAACCAAACCACAAUUACUGAAAAUAAAUUGGACACAUUAUUUAAAACCCCCUUAAAUUUAGAUGCUGAACCGUUUGUAGCAAGUACUUCAUCUACUAAUAAUAUUGUUUCAGCGGCCAUGCAGAUAUUAUAUAACGAAUCAAGCAAUGAUAAUAUUUUUAACAUAAAUACUUUUGAAUCUGGUGAUAAUCAUAGUAACAUUAUUAUUGAUAAUUUACAUGAUCAGCCUACUGAUGACACUUCAAAUCUAUCUAUUAAUUAUAGAGAUAAUAUUGUAAACGAUAAUAAUAUGAUUUCAAAAAUAUUGGAAAAUGUUGUUGCUAUACAUGCAUAUGUAAAACGACAUGAUGCAAGAUUGGAUAAAAUUGAAAAAUUUUUACAGGAAAACAGCUAUAGUAGCUAUAAAUGUGAAAAGAAUAAAGUUUUUGAUGAUGAUUUUAUAGUACUAUUUCCUAUGAAAGAUAUAGAGGCUAUUACUAGUAUUAAUGAUAAAAUAAAAACUGACCCAACAUUUGAAUCUCAAAUGAGAGCUUUCAUUAAGACAAUUGGAGGAACUGAUACAAAAAAUUUUACGAAACGUGUAUUGCAUAGAUUAUUCACAAAUGAAUUGUCAUCAAAAUGUUCAUGGACAGGCUUUAAAUCAAAUUUCAGAUUAGAAAAUUUAAUGUUGAUUGAGAUUAUGAAAGAAAUAUCAAGAAUUAAUUUUAAAGGAACAGAUAUUUUAUUCGAAAAUCAUGUAAAGGACUGGUUUAGACAUGGUGCUCAACGUGUUUUGAGAGAUAAACUAAAAACCAGUAUCAUAGAUUAAGAAAACAAAGUCCGUUGGGUGUAUGUCAAGACGACAUUUUAUUCGGCACAUUCAAAGCCAAAUAAAAUUAUCAACUGCAAGACCUACAGAAAAAUAUAAUGCUACCAAAAAAAUAUUAUCUACAAAUAUAUCGUUAAAAAAAAUGAAUUAUUUGAUAAAGAAUGGAUUAAAUAUAAAUGGAAAAAUAUUCAUGUUUGAAAUAUCACAAGUGGUCUGCGAUGCACCUGCAAAGGCAUUUAUUCUUAACGUCAAAGGACAUAAUGCUUAUCACGGCUGUAGUUC